AUGUUUUCUCCCUACAUACUCUUGUUUUGCUCACUCUUACAUGUUCAAGGUUUAUCGAUUCAAAAUGAGAAUAUUUUGCUUGACGAUAAUAUUCAGUUGUUCGAAGGCGAUAUCGCUGUUCGUCGUGAUCAAUUGGGAAGAAAUGCGUAUUUGAACGCACCAAAGUGGCCGAAUGGAAUAUUACCCUAUGAAAUUGACGUGAAUGGAGGCUAUACACAAGAUCAACGAAAUCUUAUUUUACAAUCGAUGAAACGAAUUGAGGAUCAAACAAAUAAUUGCAUUCGAUUUGUACAAAAAACAUCUGCUGAUCGGACAUGGAUAAAAAUUGUCAACGGACAAGGUUGUUGGUCUUAUUUUGGUAAACCGUUUUCAAAUGGUUUUCAAGAACUCCGACUAGAAAGACCAGGUUGUUUAUACCAAAAUACGAUAAUACAUGAACUAUUGCAUGCCGUCGGUUUUGCUCAUGAACAAAGUCGUCCUGAUCGAGAUGGACACGUGAAUAUUCAUUGGGAAAACAUUCAAGCGGGUCAAGAUUAUAAUUUUCAGUCGUACAGUCAAGGCGAAGUUCAACUACAUUCACCGUAUGAUAUUCGUUCAAUAAUGCACUACGACUGGCAGACAUUCUCGAAAAAUGGUCAAGCUACAUUAUCGCCAAAAGAUCCAAAUGUUCCCAAAGAAGUAAUGGGUAGUGCCAGAGAACUGACCUACUGGGAUGUACAAAAAGUGAAAAAUUAUUACCAGUGUGGUUAA